UAAAAAAAUCCCCAAAUUUAAAAUCAGAGCCCUAUCUCUCUGUCUCUCGACUUCUCACCGGAAACCGCGCAGACCGUCUUGCCUGCGCCGCCUCGUAGCCGGUCUUUCCCUUCCAUUUGGAGCUAUACUCACAAGCACCUGUAGCCAUCUUUGUUUACAGAGAAAUGGAAUUGAAGCCCUCAAUACCUUCUUCCAGCCUUAUUGAUCAACAUGUGUUUCCAGGAGAUGUGGUACUGGACCUCUCCAAAAUAACUAGUCAAACAAUCAAGCUUGGUGGCGGCCUCCGUCAGGAUGGUGACUUAAUAUCUGUCAUGAAAGGCGGAGUUUUGAGAUUCUCAAAACCUAACAAAUAUUGGGUUGAAACCUCCCAAAAACGGUAUGUGCCUAGUGCUGGGGAUAAUGUACUUGGAAUAGUAGUUGAUGCAAGAUCCGAUAAUUUUUUCGUGGAUAUAAAAGGUCCAACCUUAGCCUUCCUGCCAGUACUUGCUUUUGAAGGCGGAACUAGGAGAAAUAUUCCCAAGUUUGAGAUGGGCACAUUGUUGUAUGUCCGAGUUGUCAAGGCAGAUACCGGCAUGAACCCCGAGUUAUCCUGCAUGGAUGCCUCUGGAAAAGCAGCAGAGUAUGGUCCCCUUAAAGAAGGGUUCAUGUUUGAAACGUCAACUGGCUUAUCAAGAACGUUACUGAGUUCUCCAACGUGCCCUGUUCUUGAGACUCUCGGGAAGAAGAUUGCUUUUGAGAUCGCUGUUGGUUUGAAUGGCAGGGUGUGGGUGAAUUCUUCUACUCCAUCAAUUGUUGUACUAGUUUCAAAUACAAUCAUCCAAACGGCGUCUAUGAGCCCUACGCAGCAAAAAAUCAGGGUGGAAAGCUUGCUCCAGAAAAUGCAAUGAACAAAUACACCUUGAAUAUUCUAUGUUGUUAUAGAGUUGAUUUAUAGUAAUCAUACUUAAUUUACAUGAAAUAGGAUACACGUUCUGAAAUUUCUAUAUUUUGCUAUGUGGAAAUUUGUUUUGCAACUUUUA